UUUCGAUUUUCUGUACGAACACACAGUAGAUCAUGCAACUGCAAGCGCAAGAUGGCAGUAGUAAAUAUCAGCGGAAGUGUUUGGAGUUCAAUACAUUUUGAUAACAGUUGUCGUGAUGGCGAUCAGGAAGGAUUUCUUAUUGGUGAAGUCACAUACAGGGAGACAACAGACAUCAGUGAUUCUCAAAUGGACAGAAAAACAGAAGAAGUUGAUAUAAAUGUCACCUCCCAUUGUCACUGUAGAGAGCCAUUCAGCUUCUAUGAUACCUCUGGCCAUGUUGACCAAAUUAAGAUGUUAGCUCUACUUCGAUCAAACUACAAGAAUGUCAUCGGUUUCUAUCGCUUCCGACGCAACACAAUGCUGCAGCCUUCACUGAGAGAGAUGGCCCUCUAUCAGCGUCUCCUAGCCAGUCUACCAGGCGAACCUCAACCGGCGACUUUCAUCUUGGGAAUCUUCUCUGGCAAUAGCACCUCUAACCUAGCCACUCACUCCUUCCCUUAUCAGCUUUUCACAUACAGCUUCAAUGGUUUUUCAGCAAGAAAGGUGUCUGUAGUGAACUUAGGAGACACAGCUGAAUCAGAGUACAAACUCUCACCGGUCCAAUCUUCGUUGUCUUCUGACAAUGGAGGCUUUCAACAUAUCCUCAAAAACUACAGCACUCAAUUAUUGGGUCCAAAUGCCACGCUUUCUGGUGUUCAGACGGUUCGGAACCUCAAUAAUGACAUCCACAACAAACUUCAGGAAGUGAAACAGAAAGUGACCGAUACAGAAGGGAGGCUUGGUACUCUGGGUCAAGAGGUCAGUGAGCUGAGACGAAGAGCUCAGAGACAGAGACACGACAAGGCCGAGAGACAAAGAGUGGCUGGACAGGUCCUUAAUACCAACAACAAUGCAGGCCUUCCCAGGCUGCCGCCUUCAACAUCGUAUGAGAAACAGUUGCCUCUAGCAAUGGAAACAAAACCCACCUCCACCGUUUCUAAUACAUCAUCAUCUGCAUCCGGUGAUUGCCUUGGAUCGCAUCCAACGAUAGCCAACCAAUCUGCAGAGAAACGGUCGCCUCUAGGAACGUCCAUACCGGACAACUCCGUGGUAGAGGAACCUAUGGAAGCGAAACCGUCCGAUCCUUUUGCUGGACUCCUUAAGGACAUGAAGCAGAGCCUGUCCAAAAGCAGAUCAUCGAGCAUCAACUCUACUGGAAAGGACAGUUCCUCGAUGGAAGGCCCCGCGCAGGGCAGCGUGAACGGAGCUGAUAACAGGACGCUUGAAUCCAGAGAAGCUGAAGGGAAGAGCCAGGAGGCGUCACAAAACCCUGAAGUGAACAAUGAAAUGAACGAUGAUGACGAUGAGACUCAGAUCCAAGAUGAACAGCACUACAAUGCCACUUUGUCACCAACAUUUUAGUACAGAGAUCUUUAUCUUUUUUUUUUAAAUGAAUGACAUAAGGAUAGGUAGAUUGAGAUGGUCUGGACAUGUGGGUAGGCCAGAGAAAAGCCACUGGUUAAAGAGAGCAAUGAAUUUCCCGGUCGCAGGCUCCAACCCUGUGGCAGACCUUGCAGAACUUGGAAGGAGACAUCAGAGGAAGAUAUGUGACUAUCUGGCCUCACUUAAGUGAAUACUGAAGACAGUGGGGUUGGGUAAAGGCCAUCAAGGAAAUGAAACAUCCAACCUCACAGCAUGAGAACAUUAGAUGUUAAAUGAUUAAAUUGUGAUGAUAAUGAUGUUUGUCCAUUUAGAAAUGUGGUGCCGCAUAUUGUGGCAUGGUACAUUAUCUAUUAAUGUAAGAAAUCUAUGUUCUGAAUAACUCGCCAUGCUAGAGCAGGAAGACCAAAAGACCAAAAAGUACUACCUACUUAUUUUUCAUUUUUGUUGCUGUAUUUGCUCUUUUCAAGGCAACUUUGUAAUCUAGUCAUGAUGAGAAUUUUUUUCCACAAAUUCAAAGCAUAUUUACACUAACUGUUGAAUUUCUAAAAGAAACAAUAUCUGCCAAACAAAUUUUGUAGAAAAUUGAUAAGAGCUUAAAAUUGAUUAAAUGAAGAUGAGAAACUGAAGCUAGGCAUCCAGACUGUGUGUAGAACAAUAGAAGAUAUGGUUUUCAGUGAAUAUGAUUUGCAUAAAGUUUUUGUCGGCCUUUAGUUUAUGUUUUUUUUUCUGGUUCAACCAACCAAUCUUCUGCAUGAUACAUUUCACAUAAUUCUCCUUUGACAUGCAAUCCCAUCACCAGAACUCAAGAUUAGCUUGAACUAAGUUUUAAGCAAGGAAUUAACAUUUAAAACAUUACAAUUGGCAUUACAUGUAGAUGCUGAAAAUUACAAUCACAUCUGUAAUUUAUACUGUGACAUGUAAUGUUUGCCGGUAUAUUGAUAUUUCAAAAGCUACAUGUACAUUCAAUUACACCUAUGUACCAGUUGUCUAGAAAUCUUAGUGUUGCCAAUUUAAAGAGGGAACUCUUGUCCAUUCGCCCUUUUACAAAAUUCAUAUUCUGGAUGAGUCAGUGUAUGUUCAUUGAUAUAUCUCAUGAAAAUGAAUCACCAUCAUCAGAUAUAUAGUCUCAUGGUUGGAUAUUCUUUGCCGGUACAAAAAAGAGGUUUGAUGUACUUGUUAAAGCCCCACUGUCCUACUUGUAGCUACUUGCUCCCUCUAUAUAGAAAACUUCCCCAAUCGGUGCCUUUUGGUCCCCCAUGAUCCUCUUUUUCUUAUGUUAGUUGAGAGCUGAGUUGAUGAGAAAGCCACCUGUCGGGGACCUGGCUGGGCGGUCUAAUCCCUUCUGGCCCAGUAGUAUUGACGGUCUUUAACGUAAUUAUGCUGCAAGGAAAUUGGUGAAAAUAAUUAAAAACGGAUGCAAAAAGAAGACCAGUACAAAGCCGAAUUGAAAUAUCUAUUUUUUCUUCUUCUAUAUGUGUAAGUACGUACUUCGAUGUAGGACUGAGAAUUUUUAUAUUGCCAUUGUUGAAAUAAACAAGGUAAUAAUUUCUGCUGCAUUUCUAAAAUCUUUGUAAACUUAUUCAGAAAGGUUUGCCAGUCAUUAUAACAUGAGAUAAUUAUUCCCUUCUUAACUGUUUUUAAUCUGAAAGCAAAUGUUUCCAAAGAUUAUCAUCUUGAAGCUUAAUGUUAUUCUAUUACAAGAUGUAUCAAAGAAUUGAAUCCAGUCAUGGAAUGAAUAUGAGAGAAAUUGAUUUCAUAAUGAUAUUAAAUUUGGUUUUAAUUGAGUUAUGGUAGUGUCUACAGGAUGGAAUCGCCACUUGGUGCUCUUCAAAUCAUUCAUUAAACUUUGCCCGUUUAGACCAGGACUAGUAAAUGUUGGUACACUUUUAUGAAAACUAGCCAGAAAUUUUAGAAUUCAGUUUGAUAAAUGUUGGAAAAAUCGUUGUUUAUUAAUUCUAAAACAAGCUAAAAUCACAAUGAGAAGGGAGAGAUGUUUGAUCACGUCUGGAUCUGUAGAAGUUCCAGUAGUAUGAUAUGCAUGUGUAAAUGCUUCUAUAUUGUACAAUGUAUACAUGUGCAGUAUGUGUACGUGUGACUGGAAUGAUCGGUUUAUGUACAAUGUGUAUGUUCAAUAAUUUGCGUCAAAUACAACAUUAAUGUAUAUGCAUGUUCAUGUUUUGUUGUUGUUCAUAUUAAAAUCAGCUUUUAUUAAAGUAAUGAGGGUUACAUUUCAAAGUAAAAUCAGACAGUACACAGAACCAUUUUGUAUUUUCAACCGAAUACUGCAUGAUUUCAAGUGCGAUGUUUGGUGUUGGACUCAGUGAGUUUUUAUAACACCAACACCAGCUUUCGACACUGAACUUGAAAUCACCUAUUAUUGUUUAUGUUAUGGUUAACCUGCCUGAUUAUUUCAUCAACAUUGAACUAGCAUUUUCUUGUAGAGAUACAAUAUACCAGAUUCAUCUUUCUCUUCUGAUUAUUCAGGGGUAGCUACAAUGUUAGCAUACCUGGACUACUCAAAUAGACUUUGGACUGAGGGGGGAGGAGGGGGGGGGGUGAAAUUUUGUUUAAUUGUACACCAUUUAUUUUCAAAAGAAGUGAAACGGACAAUAUCUUGUAUUGUAAAAAACAACAACAGACUUUUCAACAUUUUAGAAUUUUUUAAAAAAUACAUGUACUUUUUCCCAAAAAUGUUAUUAUGCAUAUACGGUGUUGGUCCAUUUGAAGAAAGAAAAAAACAAACAUAUAAA